AAACAAAAAUGCAAAGCCAGGAGUCACAACUGUCUGAUCUUGUUAGUCUCGGGAAGGAGGUUACAGCAGCCUUUGAAGGGUCACAAGAAACUGAACUAACAGAGAAAUGUGCUGGCAUCAUCAGGGAAAUCCGUCAUCUUCAACAGAAACAAAGAGAGCAGCUAAAACAGCAGAUUCAGGACUUAAUAAACCAAGAGGAACUUGAGAUGGAGAAUGUGAAGGAAGAUGGAGAGAAAACAGAAACUAUCCAUCAGGUUCAUAGUGUCCAAGAACAAAUAAAGGCAGAGAGAGAGCACUUAGGGGAGGUAACAAAGAAAUGUGAAGAACUAAAGAAAACCCUACAGAAUCAGAGAGAGGAACAGAAGAGGUUAACAGCAGAGGAACAGAAAGCCAAACACAAUAGUACUCACACACUCCCAAAGAUCAAAUAUGAUGUACAACUCUACAAUACUUUGACAUCAAUAAGAUGGCAAUAUGACUGUGAACCAGAUGAAAUCAAAGGAUAUAUUUGCAACAAAAAUGACAUCAAGCCAUUUUCUCUGAAUGGAAAACAGGUUUCCAAGUUCUUCAUUGCUAACUAUUUGUGGGAUAUGAUGGAGGAAGACUGGUGACACCGCCUGAUGUUGAUAUUAGGAUCUGGGUCAUGUGGGGUUAAAACCAGCCUUAGUUUGGGUGAUAAGUUCACAGUGACCUUAUCCAUUUCAUAAACGUGGUUUUCACAUACAUUUUAUGAUCCUCUGAAGACAGGGAUAAUGUGACACUCUGAUUCUGUACAUAACCUUAUUGUAUGAAUAAUGUAAACUGAUUAAUAGAUAAUAUACCUCUAGA